AUGGGAACUCACUCCGACAUUCACUCUCCUCUCAUGUCUUUAUAUUACACUCCCUUACUAUCAGUCAGCCAACUCACUCACUGUGUCAGACUGUCAUUACAUUUUUCUGUUGCUGAUGAAAAAAUAUUUCAAAUGGCUGAAGGUCCAAGUAGCUCUGAAAUUGAACGAGAUCUGAAAUUGCUUCUUGGGAUACCAUGUUCAUCUUUUGAUAAGCCAGCAAACCAGCAGGUUCCUAUAAGUGCUGAUAUUUCUGUUCAUGAUGUGUCCAACUCUCACAAGAAGCAAAAUAGUUUGUUUGGGGAAAUGGAUGAAAAAAGGAUAAAUAAUAGACUGAAACAAAAGGAUCUUAGCCACAGACAGAAUUUGCAAGCUGAUAUGUAUCCCCAAGAACAACCAACUUUGCACAACAUGCAACGUUCCAAUAUACGGGAGUCUCAUAGCUGGAAAGAAUCAAGGAAAGCCAAACAGAAAGAUGUUACAAAAGGAUCAAUAUUCAAUAUAAACCCUGAUAGAAAGAUCUCUAUCCUUAAACCUGAUCACAGCAGUAACAUGCAAGAAAGAGAUCAUGGAAAAAUGGAUGGGCAUAAUGCACAGAAUAACAAUGGCAGUACUUCAAAAAUGUGUGCCAAAGUUGUUGAAAUGAUGAAGUCAGCAUCAGCUGAGUAUCAUCUUAAGGGAAAUGCUAAUAAUUCUGUUCUUAAAAAACCAGAGGAAUUGGCAAAUGAAGACAAAGUUUUUCCAUUGAAACGGCGUUCCCCAAAAUUUCCUGAUGCCAAAUACUUUUGUCGCUUAUGUGAGUACCAUUGUAUGAGUGAUGCUGAUUGCCUAACUCACAUUAAAACUGAAAAGCAUCAAUGGCGUAAGGAGAUUUCAAUUGCGGAAACAAAGUUGAAAAAAUUGCCCAAGCCCACUUUGUCACAUUUACUUGCCAUAGAAAGAGCAUUGGACCAUGUUUAUGAAUGUCAUGGUUUAACAAAAGCAGAAACCCAACAAAGACAAAUGUUUGUUCAGGAAGUUGAAAAUUAUUUGCAAAAAGAUUUGAAAGGGUUGAAACUACAUUUAUAUGGUUCAUCCAUUACUGGUUUUGGCCUUAAAAGUAGUGAUGUUAAUAUAGACUUGGAAACACCCACUGGAAUGAAUUUAGCAAAUGGACUGCGAAUAGUAUUUGAAUGCCUCAAGAAAUCAGACAAAUACAAAGAUGUUCAAAGUGAUUUUCUGACCAAAGUCCCCUCUGUAUAUUUUUGCUCAAAUGAUAGUUAUGCAUUGAAAUGUCAAAUUACUGUGAACAGUUUGUUUGCCCAGCAGACUAGUCGUUUACUUUCAAUUUAUGGUGCAAUGGAUGAAACUGCAAGAAAACUUGGUGUGGCUUUCCGCUUUUGGUCUAAGUUGUGCCAUGUUGAUUGUCAAGAAGAAGGAACACUGCCUGCCUACUGUACUGCUUUAAUGACUGUUUAUUUCCUACAAAGAUGUCAGCCAGCUGUUUUGCCUGUGUUUUUGAUACAAACUGAGGAGGCAAGAGUUGGGCACAUCUUUGAGCUGAUACAAAAAAUAGGGCAGAAUUUUAGAACUACAAACACAAUGGGUCUUGGUGAGUUAUGGUUAGAGUUACUCAAGUUUUACUGUCAAGGUUUUGAUAGUUCCAGAACUGUGAUUUCUAUUAGGCAUGAUGGAAAAUUGACUCGUGCUGCUAAAAAUUGGAGAACUAAGCGGCUUGCGAUCGAAGAUCCAUUUUCUACAAAAAGAAAUAUUGCCAGAUCAAAUUUGUCUGAUGGAAAGGGACCAGCCAUAAUUUGCAGCAUCUGUGAGAAAGAAGGUCAUUUGAAAAACAAUUGUCCAGAAGAAGAGUUGCCACCUUUAUUACCAUUACCUGCUAUGACGCAAGAAAGCCUGCAACUUCUUAAUGAUACUUUAUUACAAAUCCCUAAGGAUUUUGGGCCAACGGUGUUUGAUACUGAAGAACGUAAAAUAAUUGUAAAAGGUCUUGAAUGCCUUAUCAGAGAGCGAUAUCCAGAGGCUAGUCUUCAUCUGUUUGGUUCAUCUUGUAAUGGAUUUGGAUUCCAAAAUAGUGACCUUGACAUCUGUAUAACUUUUGGGAAUCACCCAAAUGCUGAUGGCCUUGAUUGUGUUUCAAUUAUUGAAAGCUUAGCUCAAAAAUUACGAGAAAACAAGCAACUCUAUGGUGUGGUUGCCAUAACGACAGCCAAGGUUCCUAUUGUCAAAUUUAAACUAAAGAACAGUAACUUGGAAGGAGAUAUCAGUCUCUAUAACACCCUUGCUCAGCAUAAUACAAAAUUACUAAAAAUGUAUACAAAAAUUGAUAGUAGAGUUGCAAUACUUGGUUAUGCACUUAAAGUCUUUGCCAAGGUUUGUGAAAUUGGAGAUGCCUCAAAGGGUAGUCUUUCCUCGUAUGCUUACAUCCUCAUGUUGCUACACUACUUACAACAGUGUGAUCCUCCAGUGAUUCCUGUUUUACAAGAGUUACAUGAGGGUGAGAAGCCUGUCACUAUGGUAGAUGGUUGGAAUGCUUGGUUUUAUGAUGACUUUGACAAUUUGAAAAAUACUUGGAAGCACUAUGGCCAAAACAAGUUAUCUGUUGCAGAGUUGUGGAUAGGAUUGUUCAUUUUUUAUACAGAGAAGUUUAACUUGCAAAUGGUGGUCACAAUUCGUCAACAUUCACCAUUGACAAGAUUUGAGAAACUUUGGAACGGGAAGUGUUUAGCCAUUGAAGGUUUGUAUUUAAUGACUUUCUUCUAA